ACUAUUUCUAGAUUGUGAUUUUUAUGGAGUUCCUUUUUGUUAAGAUGAAUAUGAUACAUAUGGAACAGUUAGAUUGAUGAUAAAUUAUUAUGAUAGUUAUUGUGGAAUUACUAAUAAUGAAUAAGAUUUUAUUUUACCUAUUUUAUAAAUGGGUUAGGAUAAAUAUAUAGAUAUGUAGAGAUAUUAAAUGGACAAAAUAUAAGAAAAAAUUUAAUUAAAAAAUUGAAAAAAAAUAUUUGUAAAACACCAAUAUUAUUUUAAAUUAUAAAACUAAGAAUAAAAGCUAUAAUAAGAAUAUGAGUAAAAGGAAAUAAAGUUUUUCUUAAGAUAAAGAAUCAAAGAAAAACUCUGAAGAAAUAAAAGUUUUAGAAGAGUUUAUUGAAAUAAAUGUAAAGUAAGAAGAAGAAUAAUUUGAGGAGAAAAUCAGCAAAAAAUUAAAAAUAGAAAAUUAGGAUGAAUAAGAAAUUAAGGAGCAUAAAUAAUCCUAACAAAUUUAAAUAAGAUAGUAAUAAUAAUUACAAAUAUUAUAACCUAGAGUUCAAUCUCAGAUGGGAUUCCAAAUUGAUGAUAAAACAAUUUAAUUUCUGAUAAUUAAAUUAAUAACUUGUUUCAACAAAUCCGCGAAUGAAAAAUAAAAAAUCGAAGGUUAUACAAGUUUAUAUAAUUACUUUUAUGCUAAGUAUGAAAGUUUAUUUUCAAUAUAUUUUGGAAAUAACGAAGAAAAGUUUUACAAUAUUGCCAAUUCGAUUAAAAAAUUAUAAGACAACAAUAUCAUGGAAGUCUAUGAAUAAUUUGAUGAAAUUUUUAAUUCAAAAAUAAAGAAUAUCUAUGAUAAUAAUGAAAGCUUAAAUAACAGUUAAAUCCAAUUUGAUAUGGAAUUAUUUGAAAGGAUAUAUGAAUAAAUAAUUUCUUAAUGUCCUUUUCAUUGCCUCUAAUAAAAUAGUUGGCAAUAUGAAAAUAUUUCAAACUCUGAAUAAGCAAAAAAAGCUUCUGAUAAAUUUAUAGGAAUUGUCAAUAGCAAAUUAGAGCAUUUUGCUAAUUUUAUAAUUUUCGAAAAAAAUAAUAUCGAAUAGUAAGUUUGCAGUAAAGAUAAAAUAGAUGUUAUCUAUUUUAAUAAAGAUAUCAUGCCUAAGCCAUAAUAUAUAACAGAGAAUUAUAACGUAUUUAUAACAAGAACAAAUUUCUCUUUAAUUGAAUAGCUUAAAAAUAAUUUAAAGUUAAGACAAAUUUCUCUAUAUUUCCAUAGAGAAAAUAUACAAAAAAUAAUAAGUGACAAAUAAAAACUUAUAGGAAAAAGUUUAUAUGCAUAGUUUGUAUUUUAUUUUUAAAUGGCAAUAUUAAAGAAAUUAUUUGUUAAGUGCGAUUUCUAUGGCGUUCCUCUAACAGAUAAUGAAUUGCUUUAAAAAAAUUAUAUUUAGAGUAUAAAAAAUAUACACUAAUUAUAUACUAAAAUCUGGAGCUGUUAUUUAAAGGAUAUGCCUUAUCCUUAAAAUAAAGAAAUAACUCCCGAAGAAUACAAAUUUGCAUAAAAUUUCUUUUUAGCAAACAUUUAAGCUCAAUUGAACUUAGAGCUUUUCAAAUGAACAAGAUUAAUUCUUCUAAUAUAAUUUUAACACAAUUUUACUUGUAAUAAUGAAAAAUGAAUAC